AUGAAUAGCCCAUGUUGUCAAUAUUCAGGAAAUCAAAACAACAUGGGAAGAGCAGAAAAAAAAAGGGAAUCAUUUAUAUGGUUCAAAUGCAAAGGAUCAGGUCGAGAAGCCGCAUUUAAACAAAUCAGAAAAAUAAAAAAGUCAAUAAUACACAAUAAUCGGUCAGCUGAGCCUUGCAGCAUGUGCGUAAAUAGAGAAAGAAAAAGAGUUCAGGAAGUUGUUGCAAAAUUAGACCUUUCGGAUUUAUUUAAAUGCCAACGAGUAUGCCGCCAAAUGGAUUUAAAACAGGAUAUACAAGAACCAUUUAAAAAGUAUUUUUGGCCCAAGGAAGUUUCAGAAGUUGAUACAAAUGAACCAAUUCAAGAAGAAGAAGAAGAUGAAGAUGAAGAUUUUUUAUCAAUUGAUGAACAAUUGGAAAUCUUAAAUAUUUAUUUGAGACGGACUUAUUACUAUUGUGUUUACUGUGUAACAGUGUAUGACGAUGAGACUGAUUUGAUGGAAAAAUGUCCUGGUCUCUAUCGACAACAUCAUUACCUAAAUUAGAAUUACAUAAAUACAUUUUAAUACAUAAGUA